AUGGCGACCCCGGAUGUGAGCGUCCACAUGGAGGAGGUGGUGGUCGUGACAACUCCGGACACCGCAGUGGACGGCGGUGGUGUCGAGGAGGUGAAGACUGUGUUGGUGACGACCAAUUUGGCCCCUCACGGGGGUGACCUCACCGAAGACAACAUGGAAACAGAAAGUGCGGCGGCCGCAGCGGCCGCUGCCUUCACAGCCUCCUCUCAUCUCAAGGAAGCCGUGCUAGUGAAGGUGGCUGACGAGGGGGAGAGCCUGGAGGCUGAGAUUGUGUACCCCAUCACCUGUGGAGACAGCAGAGCCAACCUGAUCUGGAGGAAGUUCGUGUGCCCUGGCAUCAACGUGAAGUGUGUUCAGUACGAUGAGCAUGUGAUCAGCCCGAAGGAAUUCGUGCACCUGGCGGGGAAGUCCACGCUGAAGGACUGGAAGAGAGCCAUCCGUAUGAAUGGCAUCAUGCUCAGGAAGAUCAUGGACUCUGGGGAGCUGGACUUCUACCAGCAUGAUAAAGUCUGCUCCAACACCUGCCGCAGCACCAAGAUUGACCUGUCGGGAGCACGCGUGUCCCUGAGCAGCCCAACCUCGGCUGAGUACAUCCCGCUCACACCUGCCGCGGCCGACGUGAAUGGGUCUCCUGCUACCAUCACCAUCGAGACCUGUGAGGACCCUGGUGACUGGACCACGGCUGUCGGAGAUGACACGUUUGCCUUCUGGCGGGGGCUGAAAGAUGCCGGCCUGCUGGAUGAGGUCGUCCAAGAGUUCCACCAGGAGCUGGUGGAGACCAUGAAAGGCCUGCAGCAGCGAGUCCAGGAUCCCCCCCUACAGCUGCGAGAUGCUGUCCUCCUCAACAACAUCGUGCAGAACUUCGGCAUGCUGGACCUGGUGAAGAAAGUGCUGGCCAGCCACAAGUGCCAGAUGGACCGCUCGCGGGAGCAGUAUGCUCGGGACCUGGCAGCUCUGGAGCAGCAGUGUGACGAACACCGCCGCCGGGCCAAGGAACUCAAGCACAAGUCCCAGCACCUCAGCAACGUGCUCAUGACGCUGACCCCCGUCUCCCUCCCGCCCCCCAUGAAGCGACCCCGGCUCGCGCGAGCCACAUCUGGACCAGCUGCCGUUGCCUCACAGGUGCUAACCCAGUCUGCCCAGAUUGCCCUAGGCCCGGGCGUGCCUGUCUCCCAGCUGACCAGCGUGCCACUCAGCAAAAUGGUGUCCCCACUGCCGUCCACCAUCCUGAGCAAGGGCUCCCCUCAGGCUCCUCCCACCAGCUCGCCGGCCUCCCCACUGCUUGGGGGCUACACGGUCCUGGCCUCCUCAGGCUCCACCUUCCCCAGCACAGUGGAGAUCCACCCGGAUGCGUCAAGCCUCACAGUCCUGAGCACGGCUGCCAUGCAGGAUGGCAGCACGGUGCUCAAGGUGGUCAGCCCACUGCAGCUGCUCACCCUGCCUGGCCUGGGCCCCACCCUGCAGAACGUGACCCAGGCAUCGCCUGGGGGCAGCACCAUUGUGACAGUGCCCACGGGGGCCACCGUGGGGUCUGAGGAGCACACAGCCACCAUUGAGGUGGCCGCCGUGGCAGAGGACCAUGAGCAGAAGUAGCUGGUGAGGAGGGCACGGCCCCUCGGGGGUGGACAGGGCUAGCUGCCUCUCCUCAGCCCCAGCAGGUGGGGAGCAUGGCACAGGCCGCAGGGCUGGCUCGGUGCAGGCAGGUCAUGUAGGCUGCUGAACCAAAGAGAGGAAUCAUCAGGACGAAUCAAGACAGAAGAAGGGACAGCAACCUAGAAAGUCGGUCUUCAGGUUCUAAACUUCCUCUCCCUUUUCUCUGGGAAAUAUAUUUUUCCAUCUGUUGCUUAUCGAUACUGUUUACACAUUGGGCCUUGAUCAGGAGCCAGAUGGAUGAUGGCAGGGGAUGGCCGGGGUGCAGCUGGUGGCAGGGAGCUGAGCAUGGGCUGGUGCUGCCAGAGCCCAGCCAGGUGCUCCCGGACCUUGGGCCUGCUAAAGUGGGUGGAGCUGAGUCACUGAGGUCUCGGAGCCUGGGAUCCCCUAGGACCCUCACAGGGUCUGAGCCUGCUUGGGGAGGACAUUACUAACACAUGUCUUGGGAACAGUACCCAAGUGUGGAAACCCAUGGAUCCUAUGGAUUUGGUUUCUUCCCACAGUUUUCUGUAGGUUUAGUGUGGCUGGCGCCCUGUUCUCCUGCCUGUGUGAGGACAUGCACCUGGAGCUUGGGCUGUAGACCCUGGGCAGGCCUCAUCCUCCCCUCACCCCCAGCAGGUGCUCAGGUGGCUGAGGGGCUGCACACACCAGGGGUGGUCCAGGUGCCAUGGCAUGUGUGCUACAGGUGUUUUAAGUGUAUUGUUUAGUAGGCUUCUAGGAAGAGUCACAUUUAUAGCAUUUUCAACCAAAACAGUGGAGAGUGCCUAGGCCUCCCAGUUGGCUCUGGGGGUGGGUUCUGGAGCUCCUGCAAAUGCAAUUGACCAGGGGCUGAAGGUCCUGGGUGGCGCUUCCCCCCUUGUGGCCCCUGUGUGCUGCCUGCUGGUGGACACCUCACGUGCCCCCUGCAAGGUGGAUCUGUACCCUCUGGCCACACUCGGUGAUCCCUGUCUCCAGGGAGAGCCCAGGACAUUUGGGGAGGCUGCCCAGGACAAGCUGGUGCAGGAGGGACCAUGAUGCUCCAUGAGAGGCUGUGUCCAUAGAUUGUUUGCAGAUUUGGUUUUAGAGUCCCAAGGAAGACCUGGUGGGGGCUGCCCUCCAGGCUGACCUCUGAGGGGACAUUGAGCCCAGGCCUCUUGCAGCCUCCAGCAGGGUGUGUCCCAGACGAUCCUAACAGGCCAGGCAUCCCCAGACCUUCCUGCCAGUGUAUUGCCAGCCGAAGUCCCUUCUCCCAAGACUCCGCAGCAGGAGGGGGCUGCUGUUUCACUCCACUGGUCUGAGGGAACUGGUCGUCCACCCAACUGUCCAUCCUUCCAUCCAUCAAGUGCCCCAGGCCCCACCUCAGCUCCUUUGUUGGGACAGGGCCUGUCCCGUCUCCCCCUGCCCCAUGUCGAGCUACUGAAGUUCUGUCCUUUUUUUUUCUUCUGUUACAUUUCUGUUGGCUGUUGUCAUGAGUCAGCUGGUUUCAGCGUGUUUACUUUAUUUGUUUGCGUACAUACUCCUUUUUUAAAACUCAUUUUUAUUGUGGUGUGAGUCUGUUACAUGCGGCAGCGUGACCCAGUGGGCACAAGGGGGGCCAGGGGGUGUGGGCACUGCCUAGCUGGCCCUGCGGCACCCCCCCACCAGCUUGACCAUAUUCAAAACUGUCACUAAUAAAACUGCUUCUAGCCUGGGAA